AGAGGGUACCGUGCUACUUUACGUUGGAUAAUAACUACCAGUUUCUCGAAAUCUGGUGGCUAUUAUUAUCAUCCACAGUGUGACUCCGCGCGCAUCCGACUGGUUGUGUUUUUUUUUGUCUGCGGGAGCGGGUUAUGGGAACUAGGUAUAAUGUGAUUAUUGUUCUCGGUUACCAAGUUCCAUCGGAUUGUAGAUAUGUUGCACUCAAAAUGUGUCCUACAGUCGAGUUUACCUUAAAAUUUAUAUAGAACUAAACGUUUUACUCUGUUAACAAAGUGGAAGUAAAUUGAGAGAUGAUGCUGAUGUCAGCACGAGAACUAAUUUUACAAGACAACGGCAAGCUAUGAAUUAGGUGAAGAUAAUUGCCCUUCGUCAGAAUGAGGUAUCUCCGUAAGUUGACCAGCGGGAAGAUCCUAGCUCUCUCCGCUUCUAUCGGACUUUGCAUCUACGUCCUUCUUCUUCUGUCAUCCAAUCAGCACGCUAGCUUUGGGUCACGUGACGGCCCGUGGACUCGGCGAGAAUUCAACGCCGAUGGGUGGCUAGACCAUCUUCACCCUCAGCCGAUUAUCCAUCGCUCCAAAAAUCGCCUCGACGAGUCCAAUACUAAGAAUGACGUCAUCUAUGACGCGGGCGAAGACGACAGAGAAUCUUCGGUUAGCGGUGACAACGCGGGCGACGACGAAUCCUCCUACCCGGUUUUCUCACAUCCGUUCGGGCAUCCGGCUCCGGCCGUUCGUCGGAUAUAUCCCAAGGACAGGAGCAAGUCUAAAAUCGCCUUCAAACCGGUGUACGAAUCUAACACGGAUCGUAGCCGGGUAAACAUGAUAUCUAUCAGAGACGAUUCUUUUGGUGCUAGAAUGGUUGAGGAAAAGCGAACAGAUUACUCGACAGAUGACCAAAGAACGUGCAAGCCCCAGUCAAAUAUAGUUUAUGUAAAGACUCAUAAAACAGGUAGCUCGACGCUACAGAAUAUUAUAUACCGUUAUGGGGAUGAGAGGAGGUUGACCUUUGCACUCCCGUCACGUGGUGUUUACAUCCAAUCAGUGCGCGAGUUUGAACCAAACAGUAUCUUGCCAGUACGUCAGGGAAAAUCAUUCAACAUCAUGGCCAACCAUCAGAGAUUCUUUUAUGAGAGUAUAAAAAAUGUGAUGCCGCCGGAUACCAAAUACAUCACGAUUAUCCGGAAAUCCGCCGAUCAGUUCCGGAGCAUGUAUUCUUACUUCGUAAUGGAGAACACUUACAUGGCUACGCUGGAACAGUACUCACUCAAUCCGGAAUUCUUCUACAAAAAAUACGGAUCUGUUAAAUACAAACGUCACAAUGGACGGGACCCGAUGCUCUUUGACCUCGGGAUGGAGCGUAGUUUCAGCGAGAACCCUAAGCUGGUCCAGGACUACAUCCAGUUCCUGGACUCGAAAUUCCAUUUGGUCCUAAUCAUGGAAUACUUCUUCGAGUCGUUGAUUCUGCUGAAGAAUCUGUUCUGUUGGGAUAUGCGCAGUCUUGUACACGUACAUAACAAGAUUAAAGUUUCGCUGGACCCACAUUCAGCAGCGCAGUCUAUUGACGACGAGAGAGCAGCGGAAUAUGUAGUAAAGCGUCUGGAUUGGUGGAAUAGAGGAGAUGUGAAUCUUUAUACGCACUUUAAUAGAACUCUAUGGGAGAAGAUUGACGCGUAUGGAAAGACGAAAAUGGAGGCGGAGGUGGCCGAAUUAAAAGACAUGUGCGACAAGGUGAAAGAUCAGUGCAUGGACGGGACGAGUAUUCGCGAGAUCUCGCGAGGUUCGAUGAAAUAUACUGGUCUAGCGGAAUACGUGGUUAAACAAAGUCAAAUGAGAAACAGUACGUGUAGGCGACUUGCAAUGACAUCCAAGGAGUUCUUAUCACAUCUUAGAACAAAGCAUAUAAAUAGUUUCCGAAAGGGAAAUUAAAACAAAAUGAUUUUAAAGCUUAUUGUUUCUUUUCUCUACCUGAUUGAUUGAUUGAUUGAAAAAUGCCGUACUUCAGUAAACCAUAAUUGGACAGUACAUUUGCUUACUCUGCAUAAACGACCCUCAUCUCAUAAUCCUUUGCUACUAGUUUCCUACAACUCUCGUUGGGUAGUGCAACGAAGGUCAUGGGGUUUCUAACAAGAGUUCUAUAGUGUGAUGUUUAUGGAAAAGUUGAGGUAAUAUGAGCAAGUGAAUCAUUAGCAAGAUACAUUGUAUCAGAAUACAAUAAGAUUCACUGCAAAGUGAAUCUGAGCACAACUGAAUCAAUUCAAAUUGAUUAUAAUUUUCCCGAUCACUGUGAGCGAGUUUCUUCUACAGACCCACCUUAAUAUUGUUUUAAAAUAUCUUCUUUGAAGGGGCUGUGAAACGGUUUAGAAAGGGGACUUUCAAAAGGGCCAAAAGUGUGUGUGCGAUGGGGGGGGGGUUAUUAUGAAAUCGAAGCAGAUGAUUUUCCUACGAUUUUGUUCAGGUUUAUCAGUUUAUUGAUAAAAUAGUGAGGCGACACUUUCUAAAAAUAUUGGGCAAAAAAUGCUCCCUGAGGGUAAUAAUGUCUUCAACCAACAUUGGGCAUUUUUUAAAUUUAUCUAGUGGGAUGAACAUUUUGCCAAUUCUACAGUAACUACUGCUUAUUUUUUAACCUUACUGGAUAAUAUGCUUCCCGCAUUGGGUAUGAUACUGCCCCAAAUUGGUUGGGCAUAUACUUACCCUCAUGCUAGUUAAAAUUGUACCCAAUUUUUCUUGUAUAGUGCAGGUGGUUGAUGCCCCUCAGACGCCCCUGCUUUGUUCCCUUAAAAUAAUUAUCACGAUCUUUAUUUUUGGUGGUCCCUUCUAUCUCCAUUGUGCCGUCCUGUUUCUCCUUUGCUGCAUUAGAUCAGGGGCCCGUUGCAGAAAGAGUUGCAAUCAAUCGCAACUCUAAAAAUCAUGCGCAACUUGAUUUUCAACCUAUCAACAGCGCGCAUUUGGGACGUGCGAUUGAUUUCUUGGCUUACGUUUAAACACAACUCUUUCCGCAACGAGCCCCAGAUAAUUAUGUUUAAACACAUUGUGAAUGUUUAACUAAGUCAAUAUGCCGUAUACCGUCUUAUGUACAACUGUUUUAAUUUAUUCCAUAUUUUCCUUGGAAUGCAGUUUUCAGAAGGAGCUUGAUUAUCAAAUCAGUAAAUGCUUUCCAAAUUUUGCAAUGAAUGAAAUGAAUGAAUAAAAUUAU